AGUUUUGGAAUCAGGGUUUAGCCAUCUCCCAUAGACUGUCAUCCAAUGGACAGUCGACCCAGUGAAGAGCGCCAGGCAUCCGCGUCCAUUAUCUCGAGCAUGGAUACACUCAGCAUUAUCAGGUCGCCAGGUCAAUGCAUCUUCUGUUGUCAGCUUGCAUAAUUUAGCUUAUAUGCUUGGCUUGAUGAAACAGUGCAGAGAAGCUAUAAGUGAAAACACUUUUCCACAAUUUGUUCGUUCAUUUUUUCAACGUCGGUGUUAUAUGGGUAAAGAAGAUCAAAAUCCAACUGAAUAUGAAGGUUGUCGUCCACCAUCAUGGGCAUGUGAUGCCCUUCAAAGUGUUGACAUAGAUAUAUCAGAUAUCGGGCAGAGUAUGAAUGGCUUUCAUAAUUCACUUAAUAAUAAUAGUGAUAAUGAAGAAUUAAAAUCCAAACGAUCACGGAACAGUUCUGUAAAUUGUGAAGUAGAUUGACAGUGUUAUUUGUAAAUAUAAAUAUUUUUGUAUGAAUACUGAUUUCUUACUAUAAUGCGCUUUAACAAAUCGGUUUGUUUGAUGAAUGUUAAUGUUGUUAAGUUUUGAAGGGUUGGUCGGUUGGUUUCAUUGUGUAUUUAUGUAGUCAGGGAUCACCGGAUAUUUAUUUUUUAUCCAUAGUUCAGGGAUUGUCCGACUACCAGUUAUGCAUAGUAUCAUUAGAAUACUCAGUC